AUGAUUGGUUUAACAAAAUCAUUAUAUUUUUUAGUACAAAAUGAAAGAAAAAUAAAAGUACAUAGAUUGAAAAUUCCUGAAAUAAUUAAAUUGCUUAAAAAAAAUAAAGAAUUAAAGAAGGAUGAUAUAGAUAAUAUAAAUAUACAAAUAAUUAAUAAUAUAAAUUAUAUAGACCCACAAAAAAUAAUAAGAAAUAUAUGCAAUAAUAUAAGGAUAAAAGAAGAUUUGAAAUCUUUGAAAAAAAAAAUUUAUUUUAAUCAUUUAUUAUUACGAACAAUAAUAAAUAAUAAAAAUCUUCAAUUAUACGAAUUUAAGGAAGACGAAUAUAAUAAAAAAAAUGAAAAUUUAAUAAAAACUAAUGAAAAUGUUAGAAAAAUAUAUGGAAGAAAUAAAAGAAAUAUAAACAAGAAAAUCACAAUUAAUACAAAUUAUGAAAAAAAAGAAUUAGAAUCAAAAUCAAAUUUAGAUAUUUAUAAUUCUAAUGAAAUGAAUAAUGAAAACUUUAAAUUAUUUGAUUUAACAAAUAAUUAUAAUAGUUUUGUGUUAGAUAAUAUUUUAAAGAAUAUUUGUUCAUAUAUAUAUAAUUUUAAAGUGUUAAAUAGUUUAAAUCAAAAAGAAAAAAAUGGUUACGAAAUGAUAUCUGUUUUAUUAAUAUCAAACAUUUUUAAUAAUUUUUUUCAUUUAAAAUAUGGAUACAAAUAUAUUGUACAUUUUUUAAAUGGAUUAAAUUUAUAUAAAAUUAAAAAGGAAGUAAAUAUUAAAAACCUAAACUUUAAAUUAAUAAGUGAUUAUUUAACGAAUUUUAAAGAAAAGAACAUUUUUGAAAAAGAAUACAAUAUUUCUUUUGUUAUAGAUUAUCUAAGUAAGUAUGAGAGAAAAGAUGAUUAUUUACAUAAUAAAAAAAAUAAUAUAGAUGAGAAUAAUUAUAUACAGAAAUAUCAAGACGAAAAUAAGAAAACUACUUAUAUUGUUAAUACUAAAGAAAAUAUCUUAUUAUCCUAUAAUUUAAAUGAAUCAUUUUUAAAUUAUUUUUUAAAUAUAAUCAUAAAUAAAUAUAAUGUUGAAAAAAUGAGUUUUACUAAUUAUUGUUCAUUAAUGCAUUUAUACAGUAUAUCAAAUCAUUUCGUGAUUGAUUUCUUUACAUCCUUCCCAGUUUUAUUUUUGAAAAAUAAAAUGUAUAUGAAUAUUAAUAUAAUUAUUAUUUUAUUAAAUUCAUGUAUUUUUUUUUUAAAAGAUAAAUCAUUUUUGACCAAUUUUCAUUCUUUUCAUAUUCAUAUAAAUUCAGAUGAAAUCAAAAAAUUAAAUGAAGAAAAUAAUACUUUGGAUAUUUUAAAGGAAAAAAUAUAUUCAUUAACAGAACAAAUAAUAAAUUAUUUAGAAAUUAAUAAAGAAAUUAUGAAUAUUAAUCAUCUGUUACAAGUAUUAGAAAUAUUAUCUUAUAUAAAAUAUAACAAAACUUUGUUUUCAUAUAUAUUCAAUCAAAUAAAUAAUAGUUUAUGUUUAUUAGACAAAUAUCAAAUAUUUUAUUUUCUUAAUUCCUUAUCAAAUUAUGAUAUAAUAUAUAAUGAAACAAAAAAUAAUAUAUAUAAUCAAACAAUUAAAAAUAUAGAUCAUUAUUCAUUUUAUGAAAUAAAACAGCUGGAAAAACAUUUACAGAUUAAAUAUUAA